AUUCACGCACCAACAUACUCACACAACCCAACCACACACUUCUCUCUCUGGAUUCACACAAUUUUCAGGCAAUAGGAGAGAGAAGAAAGGAGUUGUUGUAGUUAUUCGCUUCCAGCUCAACUUGCAUUUCUCCAACUUUUGCGUCCUAGAUCGAAUCCAGGCUAGUUGCUUCCACUGCAGGCUUUCUUAUGCAGCUGUUGAUGUUACUACCAAAUAGAUAGCAACAUGGUGGGAGGAACGCAUUUUGGAUAUUGCUGUUUCAGAUGACUUUUAGCAUCUGUAUUAUGCUUGAACAGUGUUUGCUAUGGACAUUUGUCUGAUGAAAUGGCAAUGGCCAUGGCUUAUUGAUGUUUUACUGAUAUGUAUUGUAAUCACACAUAAUGAAGCGAUCAGUCCUGAUGGUGAGGCACUUCUCAGUUUCAGGACAGCAGUUGUUAGCUCAGAUGGUAUCUUGUUGCAAUGGAGGCCUGGGGAUCCUAACCCAUGCAAAUGGAAAGGAGUCAAAUGUGAUCCAAAAUCCAAGAGAGUUACAAAUCUGAGUUUAGCUCGCCAUAAGUUGAGUGGGUCUAUACCACCUGACCUGGGGAGGCUGGAGCAUUUGACUGUUCUUGCCCUUCACAACAACAAUUUCUAUGGGACAAUUCCAUCUGAAUUGGGAAAUUGCACUGAGUUGCAGAGAAUAUUCUUGCAGGGAAAUUACCUUAGUGGAGCAAUUCCAAGUGAACUAGGAGACCUUUCACAGCUCAGAAGUUUGGACAUAUCAAGUAACUCCUUCAGUGGCAAUAUACCUCCAUCACUUGGCAAACUGUAUAAUCUCAAAAAUUUUAAUGUUUCAACCAACUUUCUGGUCGGACCAAUACCUUCUGAUGGUGUGCUUGCUAACUUUUCUGGGGACUCCUUUGUUGGUAAUCGUGGUUUGUGUGGAGCUCAAAUCAAUGUAAUGUGUAAAGAUGGUUCGCCUACAAAUCAAUCCUCAACCAUUGACCAAAACCAAAAUGGAAAGAAGAAAUAUUCUGGUCGGUUGCUUAUCAGUGCUUCAGCAACUGUUGGUGCACUUCUUUUAGUUGCACUCAUGUGCUUCUGGGGUUGCUUUCUUUAUAAAAAGUUUGGUAAAAAUGACCAAAAAAGUCUGGCGAUGGAUGUUGGUGGAGGUGUCUUCAUUGUGAUGUUUCAUGGAGAUCUACCAUAUUCUUCAAAAGACAUCAUUAAGAAACUAGAGACAUUGAAUGAGGAACACAUAAUUGGAUGUGGCGGAUUUGGUACAGUUUACAAGCUUGCAAUGGAUGAUGGGAACCAAUUUGCUUUGAAAAGGAUUGUUAAGUUGAAUGAUGGCUUUGAUCGUUUUUUUGAGAGAGAGCUUGAAAUUCUUGGAAGCAUAAAGCAUCGUUAUCUAGUAAACUUACGAGGGUAUUGUAAUUCACCUACAUCAAAGUUGUUAAUAUAUGAUUACUUACCUGGUGGAAGUCUUGAUGAAGCUCUUCAUGAAAAAUCUGAGCAGCUAGACUGGGAUUCACGCUUGAAUAUAAUCAUGGGAGCUGCGAAAGGGCUUGCCUACUUGCACCAUGAUUGUUCCCCCAGGGUCAUACACCGUGACAUAAAGUCAAGUAAUAUUUUACUAGAUGGCAACCUGGAUGCACGAGUCUCUGAUUUUGGGCUUGCCAAACUUCUGGAAGAUGAAGAAUCUCAUAUCACCACCAUUGUUGCUGGAACAUUUGGAUAUCUAGCCCCAGAGUACAUGCAAAGUGGUAGGGCAACUGAAAAAACUGACGUUUAUAGUUUUGGUGUCCUGGUACUUGAAGUGCUAAGUGGAAAGCGUCCAACAGAUGCAUCAUUCAUUGAAAAAGGUCUCAAUAUUGUUGGUUGGCUGAAUUUUCUCAUUACCGAAAAUAGGCAAAGAGAGAUUGUUGAUCCCUCAUGUGAGGGAGUGCAAGUAGAGAGCCUCAAUGCCUUACUCUUUGUGGCCAUUCAGUGUGUUUCAUCGAGUCCAGAGGAUCGACCCACUAUGCAUCGAGUGGUCCAGGUGCUUGAAUCGGAGGUCAUGACCCCAUGCCCAAGUGACUUUUAUGACUCCGAGUAGAUUGCCUGAGAAACCAAAAGUAUGUGGAGUCUACAUUUAUUUCACUGACAUUAUUGCAAGUCAGGAAGUGAUGGAGGGAAACAGCGAAAGGGGCUGGAUCAUCUUCCUCUGAAUUGCAUUCAUUCUUUAGGCAGAUUUAUGAUUGAGAUAUGCCCUUCAUCACGCCCAUUUAUGAAAGGAAAUUCUGGUUCGUCUAACUCGUGUCCUAAUCGGACGUGUAAACUUUCCCCCCCCCCUUUCUUCGUGAAUGAAAUCCCACAUUUGUUGAAUUUGUAAUCACAGUCAGCAUUUGUUCACCUGAAUUUUAAGUGUAUAUUAAUUUGUAUAAAUCGAGCAGCACCUGCUUUUUGAAUUAUUCUUGUUAUUAUUGUAAUAUGUUGUGCAAAAGAAUUCAACCAGUGAACAAGGAUGCCCUGGCUCUCCGAUCCAUGAUCCAUUGUUUUCUUGCUUUA